AUGGGCCAACAGGUCAAGUGGCCUCAGAAGAUGAAAGCACCCGAUUCUAUCCGGAACCCUGGUCUUUGGUGCGAAGUCCACCGAGACCUCGGUCACAAAACGGAGGACUGCGUCGCACUGAAGAUCGAGGUCAACGAGUUGCUUAAGAAAGGACCCCUCAGGGAGUUCUUUUCCGAGAAGGCCAAGAGCCAUCUAAGCAAGGAGACAACAGGAAAGACCACUGAAGCUGCUCCCGUCUCGCCACCUCGACAGGACCGAGUGAUACAUGUCAUAUCGGGCUAUUCGGAGAUCAGCGCCAUAAGCCACGCAGCCGCAAAGAAGAGCACUUGGAACGCCAAGCACGGCCUAAAGGCAGCCAAGCCGAAACGCCUGCUCCUGGGUACAGGCGAAAUAAGUUUCACGGCCAAGGAGCAGGAAAAGGUUCUCACCCCACAUAAUGACGCCCUGGUCAUAUCGCUUACUGUAGCGAACUGCCUGGUGAAAAGGAUGCUGGUAGAUAAUGGAAGCUCCAACAACAUCAUCUUCCAGGCCGCAUACAAGGAACUGGGUCUGGAGGAAAGCGCUCUAACUCUGAGGAUAACCCCACUCAUAGGGUUCAGCGAAGAAGUCAAGAAGACCGCCGGAGAGGUGACCCUCCCGGUGUACGCUGAAGGGAUCAACAUGUCAACCAAGUUCCUUGUUGUUGACUGCGAUUCAUCCUACAAUAUGAUCUUGGGGCUGCCUUGGAUUCACGGCAUGGAAGCCGUCCCUUUGACUCUUCACCAGAUGGUGAAAUUCCCUACGCCCUGGGGCAUAAGGGCAAUCAGAGGGGAUCAAGAGUACUCUCGCUCCUGCUACCAGACUACCUUGAAGGGAAAGACCAAGGUCUUAUAG